AGGUAUAAAAGCAACAGGGGCACAUCGAGAAAAUCGUGCAGUACUUUUGAGCCAAAACAGUUCUAACUGUAGCCAUGACCAUGGGCAAGAUCAUCUUCUACGAGGACAGGAACUUCCAGGGUCGUUCCUAUGAGACCAGCAGCGACUGCGCUGACAUGUCCUCCUACCUGAGCAGGUGUCACUCCUGCAGGGUGGAGAGUGGCUGCUUCAUGGUCUACGACCGCACUAACUACAUGGGCAACCAGUUCUUUGUCAGGAGGGGAGAGUACUCCGACUACCAGCGUAUGGGCAUGAGUGAUUGCAUCAGGUCCUGCCGUAUGAUCCCCAUGCACAGAGGUCAGUUCAGGAUGAGGAUCUAUGAGAGGGAGAACUUCGGAGGUCAGAUGUAUGAACUGAUGGACGACUGCGACAACAUGAUGGACCGCUACCACAUGUCCGACUGCCAGUCCUGCAACGUGAUGGACGGCCACUGGCUGAUGUAUGAGCAGCCCCAUUACAGAGGCAGGAUGAUGUACAUGAGGCCCGGCGAGUACAGGAGCUUCAGGGACAUGGGAUACAGCGGCAUGAGGUGGAUGAGCAUGAGGCGCAUCAUGGAUUCCUGUUUCUAGAGAACUUGUUUAUAAAAGCAAGAGUAUGAAUAAAAUCUAGUCAUCCCCUUUUAAA